AUGAACCAAUAUGGAGAAAUAAUAGACAAGGAGAUUGGCGUGGAGACGGAGGAUGAGGAGGCUUUGCAGAUAUACAAGAACAUGGUCAAGUUGAGCGUUAUGGACCUCCUCAUGUUCGAAGCGCAACGGCAAGGUAGAUUGAGUUUCUACAUGGUUUCCGCCGGCGAGGAAGGCAUAUCUAUCGGCUCAGCGAGCGCCCUCCACCCCUCCGACGUUGCCUUCUGCCAAUACCGCGAAGCCGGCGUAUAUCUGCAGCGCGGCUUCACGCUCGCCAUGUUCAUGAACCAGCUCUUCGCCAACGCCAAAGACCAUGGUCUCGGCCGCAACAUGCCCGUCCACUACGGCUCCAAGGAGCUCAACAUCCACACCAUCAGCUCCACCCUCGCCACCCAAAUCCCCCACGCCGCAGGCGCCGCCUACGCUCUCAAGAUGCAAAACCUCCAGAACCCCAACCAGGAGAAGAGAGUGGCAGUGUGCUACUUCGGCGAAGGAGCAGCCUCUGAAGGCGACUUCCACGCGGCGCUCAACAUCGCCGCAACCCGCCAAGUCCCCUGCAUCUUCAUCUGCCGCAACAACGGGUACGCCAUCUCCACGCCCACCAGUGACCAAUACCGGGGCGACGGCAUUGCGUCCCGCGGCGCAGGCUACGGCAUCGCCACCCUGCGCGUCGACGGCAACGACAUCUUCGCCGUGCGCCGCGCAACCAAACAAGCACGACUCCUCGCCCUCGAGAACGGCGGCCAGCCCGUCCUCGUCGAAAUGAUGGCCUACCGCGUCGGCCACCACAGCACGUCCGACGACUCCUUCGCAUACCGCCAGCGCGUCGAAGUCGAGGACUGGAAGCGCCGCGACAAUCCCAUCACGCGGCUGCGCAAGUGGCUCGAGGGGCGGGAGCUGUGGGACGACGCGCAGGAAAAAGAAUUGAGGAGUACUACGCGCAAGGAGGUGCUGCGCGCGUUUGAAGAGGCGGAGAAGGAGAAGAAGCCAAGUAUUCGCAAUGCUUUUGAGGGUGUGUGGGAGGAGUUGACCGAGGAGCAGAAGGCGCAUGUUAGUGAAAUGAGGGAUGUGAUGAGGCGGUAUCCGAAGGAAUAUGAUGUGGAAGGGUUUGAAGGGGGCAUGAAGGGGUUGGAUGAAUUAUUAGAAGGAAAAAAGGCAUAG